GCAAAGAGAUGACUGAUAGUUUCAGUUUUUUGUAUUUAAGUUUAUAAUUAUGGUAGUUUAAUUUGUUACUAUAUAUAAUUUUUACUUGUGAUGAAUCUAAUUGAUAAAUAUAUGCUAUAUUAACUUCUUUGUUAUGUUAAUCCAUUUAAGAUGUUUUCAAAUAUUCGGAAAUGUGAAACAGAUAUCAAUGUAAUAUUGGAUGAACCUCUAACCAGUGAUUCGUGCACAAAACUUAUUAUCGAGUUUAUAAAAUAUGUAUUAUAUCAAAAACAACAAAUACCGUUUACAUAUGAUUCCUUGGUGCACUUACAAGCCAAGACUAAAAAAUCGGACAGAAAUUCAUUAUUUAUCAAAACAUUAUUAAAUUCCUUAACAAAUGUGUCUGAUCACUUAUCUUCAGAAUUACUUUUUAAAGAUUGCAAAGUUAAGGAAAUCGUAAUCAUUGUUGGUCCAACAAUAGUAUCACCAAAGCUACAAAUUACAUUGGAAUUACCAACACAAAUUCUUGAUAGUUUGUGUCAUACAAAGUGUAAACAUUCUUCACAGAAACCUCUUCUUAAUCUAAUGAGAUCAAUGAUGGAAUGUAAAGAAUUUCAAGAUGCUAUGACUUUACCUUUAGGACCUACAAACACAUUCUUUCUGUUACAAAAAAGUGAUAAUAAUAGUUUAUCUAAUUUCUUUCUACCAAAACCAAAUUAUAUACCUUCAAUACAAACAUCACAAAGUUUUAGAAUCAAGUUACUACAUAAUAAUCAACUUGAUAUAGAUUGUAAUUGUACAAAUUUAGUCAAAGUAUAUCGCGAACUUGCUAAUACUAAUUUUAAAGAUGAUUCUAUUAUGCAAUGUAAGGAACAGUCCAAUGAACAAAUUGUACAAGCACCUUUUCGAUGGUAUCAAUCUAGGGAAGUAAUCAAAGGAUUCAAAUAUGUUAGAUAACUUUAAAUUUAUAAUAGGAGUAAAAAAUAUUUCUUUAUUAUCUAAUUUCAUAUUUUUAUCAUAAAUUUCAUACUCAUUUAAGUUGCAUUUUAUCUACAUAAUUUUACUUAUUUUUAAUCAAUUUUGCAGGAAACAACACAUGAUAAAAAUCUAACAAAUGAGUUAUAAAAAAUAUUUUUAUAAAUAUUCGUUUUUUUUCUUUUCAUUUAUUGAUGAGCUAAUAAUAAUAAUCAUAUCACAUAUAUGCGAACUACUAUUUGUAUAAGUAUUUAAUAUUUUAACAUUGAGUAUUAUAAAAAAAAAAUAUUUAUAUAAAAUAGUAGUAAAUUUAUUUGUUGACACAAAUCUGUGAAUUUAGACUAGUUCACAUCUUUUUUUAUACUUUCAUGUUUAUUAUUUAUAAAAAUAAUAUUUUAUAUAGUUGGAAUUUUUAUAUGUUUAAAAGAACCUUCACAUUUUAAAUUUAUAUAAAACUCAUAAUAUUUUCCCAUUAAUAUCAAUAAAAAAAGUAUACAGAAAUUAUGUUAAUCGAAAAAAUAAAGGAUGUGUAUAAUUUAUUUUAUUUUUUUUAUAUGUACAUAUAUGUAUGUAUUUUAUAAGUACAUAUUAGUCCUUUUUCUUUUUUUCACUUUCAGAAGGCUCUGUUUUUAUGUUAUUUUUAUCGUUAGCUAAAGAUGGUAUAAUAGAAUUGUAUGGAAUUUCAUAAACCCUAACUCUUAAAAUUCGAAAGUCUGUAAUUAAUAGAAUACGUAUCACUAAUAACAUUAAAUUAAAAAUCCAACUUCCAGCUAUUGUCCACCCUAAAAUCUAAUAUAAAUAUUAUUUUUAAUACUAUAAUCUGAUAUAUCUAUUAAAUAUAUAUUUUCUCAAUGUAAAUCUUACCUGUAUGAUAAAAAAGACAUUACAUAUAUUAUAUCCAUGAACAUCAUACAUCUCCACAUAACUUUGUAAAAUAUUGCAGAUCCUAUAAAAUAUGUACAUAGAUAGAGAAUAAAUAUGUUUAAAUAUGUUGACUAUUUCAAAA